AUGGCGGCCCCCAGCUGCGGCGGCCUCCACAUCGCCAUGGUGGCCUGGGUGGUGGCGGUGUCGUGGGUGGAUACGGACGGCCCCCCGGAGGCGGAGGCAGACGGCCACCCGGAGGCGCAACCACCCUGGAACUCGUCAGCGCCACCCCCACCUCGCUCGACUACUACCCACCCAGGCGCUACCCUGUAUGGCCGCACCCCCCACGGCGCUAGCCCAACUGCAUCCGGCAUCUCAGACGGGGCAUCCGCCGUGAAGGACCUGGAUCUUCUUGUGGAUGGGGUUUGA